AUGGUGGACCUCGGCAAAAUCCUCAGCCUGGCGGGGAGCAUCGCACUCCCGGUCGGAAUCGGAUUCGCCGGAGCCAUCUGGACCAUCGACGAGGCGCGGGGCCCCUGGUACCGCGGCCUGAAGAAGCCGCGCUGGAACCCCCCGAACCGGCUUUUCGGGCCGGUGUGGACGGUCAUCUACACGACGAUGGGCGUCGCGUCCUGGAUGGUCGCGCGCAAGGGCGGUGCCGGCGCGAAGACGGCCCUGGCGGUGUACGGCGCCAACCUGGUGUUCAACGCCGCGUGGUCGCCGCUCUUCUUCCGCUACCACAAGCUCAAGAUCGCCAUGUCCGACAUGGUGCUGCUCUGGGCCACCACCGCGGCGUGCGUCACCACCUUCCGGUCCGUGUCCCCCGCGGCGUCCAACUUGAUGGUGCCGUACCUGUGCUGGGUGAGCUUCGCGGGCGUGCUCAACGGGCGCAUCAUGAUCGACAACGAGGGGCGCUCGGAGGACGAGAUCACGAAGGCGGGGCAGGCCGCGAUGGACCAGGACAAGAAGACGCACUGA